UAAAAGUCUUCGAACCGUCUUCAUCAUUUAUAACGUCCACGGAAGUCUUUUUUGCACAAAUAAAAAUGAAGUUAUUUAUCAUUAUUAGUAUUCUCAUGAUUGAAUCAUGUCUCAAAACAGUUGUGGGAUUGCCUGUACUCGACAACGAGUACUACAUGAAUAAAAUGGAACAAUUUUGCGGCCAACGAUUAUCCAACGAGCUUAGUAUUCUUUGCAGGGGUAGAUAUAACGAAGUUAGAGGUAGUGUACAUCAAAGGUCAAAAAGAGGAAUUGUCGAUGAAUGUUGUAGUAGACCAUGUUCUAGACAUUACAUGAAAAUAAAUUAUUGUCUACCCGAAAUGGAAGAAUCGAUGAUGACCGAUUCCCCGAUAUUAAGUCCCAUAGAAGAGGUUGAUUAUAUCGGCUAUUAUUUUGAACUACUUGGACGUGUAUUGGAACCAAACAACACCGAUUAACCAAUUGUACUAACC